CCCUGGCGGAUUGUACUCAAUUCCAUUGUAAGUGCUAAAUGACAUGUAAUGGACUUCCGUACUUCCGUACUUCAUUUUUUUCUACGGACUAAACAGCAGGCGGGCUUUAGGACCCGGGCGACGUCGCGUGACAUCAACAGGGAGACGGAGCUCGCGCUGCCUGGAGGUGAUGGCUCAGCGGGCGACGGCCAGGUGGCGCUACCUGCGGGCGUUUGUCAGUGGCCUCUUUGUGGCCGUCCCCGUCACGGUCACUGUCCUGGAUCGAUUUGCCUACGUUGCUCGAGUGGAAGGAGCAUCGAUGCAGCCGUUCCUGAACCCAAGCAGCGGCUCGGACUGUGACGUCGUCCUCCUGAACCGCUGGAGUGUGAGGAACCACGAGGUCCAACGAGGAGACAUCGUCUCUGUCAUGUGAGUAACUCACACACCACAGGUCGCAGGUGGGUUAUCU